AUGACACAGAAAAACAGCUCCGUCCAUUCAAAUGGCGAGUCGUCCAACGGCAGAGCGAGCGACCACGCCAUCAAGUCCGAUGCCAGCAAUGGCAGUAGCAACGGUCACCGCAACGGCAAAGCUGCCACCUCGCUGGCUGACGACUAUGCAGAUGCACAGGCCUUCGCCCCCCUCUUUCCAGGAAGCUCGAUCGAUCGAAGGGAGCUCGUCAAGCUCACGCUCCAAUCCUUGCGCGAAAUGGGCUUUGAUUCGGCAGCCAAGACGCUCGAAGCCGAAUCUGGCGUCGCACUCGAGCACCCUUCCAUCACCGCUUUCCGCACCGCUGUGCUCGGCGGCGACUGGAGGAACGCCGAGAGACUCCUCAUCGAUGGUCUGACCUAUGCAGCAAGACGAAUUCAAGCCUCGCGCAGCUCGAGUGGCGCCAGCCUUGGUGCUUCGUCGCUCGAUGUACCUGCUUCCUCCUCCGCAGCCAUUAUUGAGUCGUCCAAUCAAGAUCUCAUCGACUCAGUGCUACGCAGACCCGACCUCGUCAGCCUCCGCUCGAUCCGCUUCAUGUUGCAAAAGCAGCGGUACCUCGAACUUCUUGAGGCGCGCCAGACAAAGAAAGCCCUCAACGUACUACGCGAAAAGCUCACACCGCUCAGUCACGACACUUCGCAGCUCCAUCUUCUGUCUAGUCUGGUCAUCUCGGCGUCGCCCGAACAGCUCCAUGCUCGCGCUGGCUGGGAUGGUGCAGAAGGCGAUUCGCGCCGUCUGCUCAUGGUCGAAAUCGAGUCGGCUGUAUCCCCGCUUGUCAUGAUCCCAAGUCGGCGUCUACCUCAGCUGCUCGAGCAAGCGCAGAGCUAUCAGAAACAACAGGACCCCUUCUUCAACUUGCCCCACGGCUCUCACUUUUCGCUCUUGACCGACCAUCGAUCGGAUCGAUCCGUGUUUCCCUCGCAUAUUUCGCGCACCAUCCAUGACCACCACGACGAAGUGUGGUGCUUGCAGUUUUCGCACGACGGCACAAAGCUCGCGACAGCAGGCGCCGACAAGACCAUCCUCAUCUGGAGCGUACAGGACGACUACAAGCUGCUGCAGAAGUUUGUUCCGCUCUCCGACAAUAUCUCGUCCGUCUCUUGGUCGCCAGACGACAAGAGGCUCUUGGUGACGUCGGAAAUUGACGUGACGCUCUGCAAGCUCGAGCAGGGAAGCAUGACCACGCUUCGUGAGCACACCUACACCGUCGCUACGGCCACCUGGCUAGCCGACGGCUCUGGCUUCAUCACAGGAGGUAUGGACGGCAAGAUCAUAUGGUGGGACUCGGAAGGAUUCGUGCUGCACAAGCAGAGCACUUCGCCGUUCCGUGUCCUCUCCGUUGCGGCUUCGCCUGAUGGUGCGCACCUGAUCGCUUUGAGCGCCCGCCAAGUCGCGACACCAGGCCUUGCUUCGUCCACAAGUCGCGGUCAUACCAGCUCGUCCACGGCAUUGAGCACCUCGACUGCUUCCGAUCAGCUGAGCGACAGCUCAUCUCCAUCGACAGCGUCUACCGGCUUCGGGCAUGAUCGAUCCGAUUUCGACUCACCAGCCGAUCUGGGCGGCGGCUCGCGUACCAUGGGCACAGAACGGUACCGCAUCCACUUUAUCAACCUGCGCACGCGCGAGGAGCUCGGCUCGAUCUAUCUGCGCGAGGAACUCGUAAGUCUGGCGGUCAGCGGUGACUCGCAGUACGCGCUCAUCAGUGUGCGCCCUAGCGAACUGCAGAUGUGGGACAUUGAACGCCAGUGCUUGGUGCGGCGCUUCAACGGGCACAAGAUCAGUAAACACGUCAUUGGCUGCGGAUUCGGAGGCAUCGACGAAAACUUUGUCGUCUCUGGAAGCGAGGACUCCAGAGUCUACAUCUGGCAUCGCGCCAGCGGUCGUCUAAUCGAGACUCUAAUCGGACACGAUGCUGGUACCGUCAAUGCGGUAGCUUGGCAUCCCACGGACGCUCUCACUGUGGCGUCGUGUGGAGACGAUCAUACAGUCCGCAUUUGGCGACCGGGAGGAAAGGUGCCAGCGACGCCUGCGUAUCCAGUCGAAGCGCCACCAAAGUCAGACGAUUCCGAGAUGAACGGAGCGGCCAACCCGUUUCCCUGGAGCUUCUCUGAUCCGUCAAGCGCCGGCGAGGUCGACAUGAUGCGCUCCAUCCACGAAGCCAUGGACGAGGGAGGAGACGAAGAUGGCGAAGGCCAUUCGCCAUCAUCUGCGUUCUGA